AUGGCAGCAGCCAUACUCCAGCACCAUACGGUGCGACAAACCCCUACUCCACCACCAAUGGGAACACCAACAAUCAGCCUCACCGCGUCAUCAACCCGCAGCCAAACUCCAAUUCCCAACAAACACUUACCUAUUUGCCCUGCUGGACCCGCCCCAGCUAGCUCCAAGCUCCCUGCUGCCUCCUAUUCAUCUUCCAGCUCAUCUUCAAGCAAACAAUUCAGUGUUCAGCACCCAACUGCCUUAUACCCAGCAGAUAACAGAUACCAUCAGGUGUACAACCACCCACCGGUAUUCUCAAUCAAUGGCAAACAGUUAGCCACUGCUCUCGACGAUCUAGCAACAAGACCCCUUCCUGAUCCUUCUAAACUGUUCCCAUGGCUCCAUGGGUUACACCCUGAGAACCAGAUUCAACUGUCGUUUUUCGUAUCUCGUCGUAGAACUCUACGGCGGAUACCAAAAUGCCUUAGAUCAAUAACAGUGGUGAAGGUUGGUGGUGACUUGACGAAGGCUAAGCUUAAGGGUGCCGUUGCUCCUGACGAAAUCCUGGCUGGAUCCAGUUUCAUCGAUGCAGACCCCCCCGAAGGCUUCUCAGUCCGGAAUUUUCAUAUUCAGACAGCAAAACUUGCUGCUAUAUCAGAUAUUAUCGUAUACGGAGAUGAUGACGUGAGCGAGGAAAGCAUCUUGGCUGUUGCGGUUGAUAUUUCUACUGCGCAGGAAGAAUGGAUGAGGAGAUAUGAUCCUGGUCAAGAGACCAGACUGUUUAACACACCUAAUGUUAUCCUUCACACUACUAACAAGCGCUCAGUCCUUUGGGAGCGUCUAGAAAUGUACAGCAUGUCCCAGGCAACCGAGAUAACGAAGAAUGUCUGGCAAGGGCCAUCCCCAGAUUUGAGUUACGACAUGGGUGGGCCACCAACUAGUCAUUAUGACGUUUUCAUUGAAACACACGACGGUGCCAGUAUACCCGAUACGAGAUACUUGGCUAAGAUAUCGUCGCAGCUCCAUAAGGGUCCGCAUCAUAUCGAAUUUCCAUCGUCUGGUAGCAUCAUGGCAUCUUCAUGGAGCCAACUCGAAGUUUAUGACUUUAUUGCUACUUGCAGAUGGAUAUAUCAACUUGCCAAUCCGCGCAGGAGAAGGUCUCUUUCUGAGAAUAAAGACGGUGAUAUACCAAUGAAAUCAGCUACUACGAAACCUUACAAAAUCUUUAUACACUGUGGGGAUGGUUAUACUGAAAGCUCUCUUCUUGCCCUGGCAUAUUUCAUGUAUGCCGAAGGUGCCCCUGUUCAUGAAGCCUGGCUAAGGCUACAUUGUGAGAAAAAGAGGAAUUUCUUCGCCUAUCCAUCCGACGUCACAUUCCUCUUAGAGAUUCAACAAAAGUUGCUAAGUGAGAGCCCGAAUCCAAGGGCUCGACAACUAACCCAUCGACCUAGCCCAAACUGGAUGACAAAAAUGGAUGGCUCUUUGCCCAGUCGAAUCUUGCCUUACAUGUAUCUUGGGAACUUGGCUCAUGCCACCAACCCGGAGCUACUUUGGUCCUUGGGGAUUCGCAGAAUACUAAGCGUUGGGGAACCUCUGUCCUGGAUGGCUGAGGAUGUUGAAAAAUGGGGAGCCGAAAAUCUGUUGUAUAUCAAUGAAGUGCAAGAUAAUGGCAUUGACCCUUUGACUCAGGAGCUAGAGAGAUGCCUUGCAUUUAUUGGUAUGUUUGCCUCUGGUCUACUUCUCGCAUAUAAUCAGGAGGCCCAACAAACACUAACUUCAUGGUCUUAG